CAAAGAGGGUUGAUAACGCAAGCGCACAAUUUAUAUUCGUAUAUGUCGAGAGACAGAGAGAGAAAGAAAGAGAGUAUUACACACAUAUCUGAUAAGACCAAAUGAAACAAAAAUAAAAACGGCGUCGUCUCCUUGAACAUUAUUAUUGCGUCUGCGCUUUUACCCACUAUCAAACAUGUCCGCCCUCGAUUAUCAAAGUUAGUUGAGGGAUGAACGUCGCGCGCCAUCGCUCUCUAACGCCAAACUCGCGGUAAAAUAUAGUGAAAAACCGCAAAAUAAAAUACAAAUAAUUAAAAAAACUAAAAAAAGUAAUUUAAAAAAUUUAAUAAAUAAAAAUUUUAAAAUUUAAUUAUUACUCUAUUUCGAUAUUAAAAAAUUAAAAAACGAAAAACACAAACUGCCUUUUAUUAAAAUCAACUUGUUGUGAUAUAUAAAUUUGUGAAUUAAAAAAAAAAAAAAAUUUAAUUUAAUAAUAAAAAAAAAAUACAACAGUAUAAAUUAAUUUGUGAAUUUGUGUUUUUUAAAAUUUUUUUUAUUGUUUUUUACUUGUAUUUAUAGAUUAUUUUUUUUUCUAUUUUGAAAAUAAUAAUAAAUAAUUGUGGCUAGUGUUAAAUAUGGAAUAGAAGAGUUAUUAUAAAGUCAAUUUAAUCGAUCGAGUUGCCAGAAGAAAUAUAUAUACAUACAAAAGGUGCAUGAACAAGACAGAGAAAGAGAAUAAAAACGAGCAAGGAAAAUAGAGAGAGAGAGAGGGAGAGAUUGUAAAAUAAAAAAUCAUUGAAAAAAAAAAUCAACGUCUGACCAAAUACUGACAUUUUCACUGAGAAAAGUAGAGCAUACUUGAAAUUGCUUUGGUGAUGGAGGAAAAUGGUAUGAGCAUAGCUAACGGAGAGCCGUCGGCCCUUCCCACAAACUAUGAUUUUUAGAAGACAGUGGGCAUGACGGGCCGAACUAAUGCAGUGGCGAAAACACGUGCGCAUCAAGUACGGUGGUCGAGUUGGUGUCGGUCAAGGACAACAAGAGCAGGGCCAGCUGCAGGUGCGCGUUGUGCAAUUGCAGGGGGAAAGGGGCGGACGAUUGAGCUACGUCUGUCAUCAGCCUCAACGUCGUGCCGAAAGCCCGACAAUUAUGCUUUGCUGUGGUCGAAGAAAAGAGGGUCGGGGAGAUGUGACAGAUAUAAGUGCAAGUCCUGGAAGACAGGCACCUGCAAAUCAAUUACGUCCGAAAGAGCCACCACCUAUGGUCAUACAAGGCGAUUUUCGAAAAAAAUAUCCACAGGUAAGCGGUAUAAGUACAGAAAUAUUCAAACAGAUAGAAACUGUUGAAAAUGAUCAUGAUGCAUCAACAGCAGCAGCACUUGAAUCUGUUGAAAGACGUGGUGAAAUGGUUGUUCGUAUCAUUGAACCACGUCAAAUGGGACGACAAGCAUCUGAAACAGCAAAAAGAUUUAUGCUUUCACAGGAUCCAAAACAUCCAAUAUAUUUUGUGGAAAUAAUAAAAAGACCUGGACAAACACUAGGUCUUUACAUUCGUGAGGGUAAUGGACAUGAAAGAACUGAUGGUGUUUUUAUAUCAAGAAUAGCUGUUGAAUCAGCUGUUUUUAAUAGUGGAUGUUUAAAAGUUGGUGAUGAAAUAUUAGCUGUUAAUUUGGUUGAUGUAACACACAUGAGUCUUGAUGAUGUUGUGAUAAUAAUGUCAAUACCAAGAAGAUUAGUACUUGCAACAAGACAUGGUCCACCACAGCCAGUAUCACAUUCACGUCAAAAUGAACAUAAACCACCACCAGUUGUGGUGAUUAAACGAGAACUAAAUGAAGAUGAAAGUGAUCAUGCAACAAAUAAUCACAUUAGGGAUAGUAAUAGACGAAGAGGUGAUGGAAGAGAAAUGCUACCAUCACGAUCACGACUUGGUCUUACUGGUUUGGGAUCAAGCCAAGAUCUUGGCUCAAGUAAUGGUGAUCUUUAUUAUAAUUCACGAUCUGAAGGACACUGGUCUUAUCAACCACCACCACCACCGGUCAUAACACAUCAGCCAAAACCAUCAACAACUCAACAUUUUCAACCUUAUGAACGUGGCUAUCCAAAAACACUUGAAAGUUUAGCUGAAAAAGAUUUUACAAAGGUACAUUCAUUUUAUACUGGACCAGUUAUGCAAACAAAUGGAAAUCGUAGAAUGUCAACUGGUACUGGUAUGCAAUCAGUUGGAUCAAGGCUAACUGGUCAAUCACAAAGUGGAUAUGGUUAUUCACAACAUGCAAGUAAUGGUAGAAUAAUGCCAAGAAGUGGAUCUGAUCAGCAUUUACCACGUGUUGAUUAUACAAGUAUAACAACACCAGCAAGACAUACACUAUUAAGAUCAAGUUUAAAAUCAGGUUCAUCAGCAUUGAGAUACAACUCACGUUAUUCAACUCAAACAGAUACAUCAACUGGUCAACGUGGACAAAGUCAAUUUGGUACAUUAACAAGAAGAAAUCGUCCAUCACUUGAUUAUGCAUCUGAUACCGAAGCAACAUGUUCAAGUUCACCACGUUCAGCCUAUUAUUCAUACAGACAAAAUAUGAGAGAACAAUCACAAAAUAAUGCUGUAUCACAUUUAGCAACAUUAUCAAGAUCACAAAUAUCACAAACACCAACUGGUCUCAGAUCAAAUUCAUUACCAAGAAGUGGUAGAACAUUACCACAACAACCAGGUGCACUUAGAAGUGGUUUAAGUACAGUUGCAUCUGGUUUAAUUGAUCAAGAAGACAGUGAUGGUGGACAUUCAGCACCAGAAUUACCAUCAAUAAGACGUGACAGAGGAAGAUUACCAUCAUCACCUAGUAUAUUUACAUCUGAUGAGUAUCGAGCAUGGCUAAGUCGUACUCCAAGUACUAGUGCACUUUAUGAACAAAUAAGAGCAACAACAAAUAGACCACCAAGAUAUACAUAUAGUGCAGAAAAUAUACAUGCUGCUGUUAAACAAGCUGAUUAUAGUAGUUAUGGUACAUAUAGACCAUUAUCAAGUACACUUGGUAGAUUAUCAACAAGAUCAGCAUCAGCACAACAAGUUAAUUUAGCAAAUUUACGUGCUUCCACGGCAAUAAGUUCAUCAUGUAAUCGUACAUCACCUGGACAAAGGCCAUCAAGUGUAGCUUCCAAUAAUAGAACAACAUCAUUAACAAAUCAAAAAGUAUCAUUAAAUGCUGCUGCAAAUCAACGUGCAACAUCUGUUAGAAGAAUACGUAAUUUAUUAGAAAUGGAACAAAAUAGAAGUAUUCCAACUCCAACACCAACGAGAAAUCAAGACUCAAGAUUAUUAGAUAUUAAUCCAGCAGCUUGGUGUGCUUCAGAUUUUUUAAAGUAUAAAAUUGAAAAACCACCAACUGUUGGAACACCAAGUUCAACGAGUUCAUUGUUAAGUUCACUUGCUGAUAAUGGAGGUAGUGAUUUUUCAAGUGGUGUUAGUGGAUUAUUAUGGGUACAUUUAUUGGCUGGUCGUGGUUUACGUUCAACAACAUCAUCAUCAGCUGCAACAACACCAUCAACACCAUCUGGUCAACCAAGUUUAGGAAGCUGUGGUUUGAGAGAUUUAUAUUGUGUACUUGAAUGUGAUAGAGUACACAAAGCACGUACAGUUGUACGUACUGGUGAUUUAAUGUUUGAUUGGGAUGAGACAUUUGAGCUUGAUCUUGUUGGUAAUCGUCAACUUGAUUUACUUGUUUAUUCAUGGGAUCCACAACACAGACAUAAAUUAUGCUAUAAAGGUUCAGUACAUCUUGCAACUCUAUUACGUGAAUGUCCAGAACAUAAACUUGCACUCAAAGUUGAACCACGUGGUACACUUUAUUUAGUAUUAAAAUAUACAGAUGCACAUCAAACAUUUAAACGACGUGGUUUACCAGUUGUAUCAUUAGCAACACGUGUUGCACCAUUAUUUGGUGUUGAUCUUGAUACAGUUGUUAGUCGUGAAUGUAGAACUGGUGGUGUACCUGGUGGUGUAUCAACAGCAUUAACAAUAUCAAAUUCUCAAAGUGUACCAAUUAUUGUAUGGCGUUGUAUUGAAGAAGUUGAAAGACGUGGUCUUGAUAUUAUUGGUUUAUAUAGACUUUGUGGUUCAGCAACUAAAAAACGUAUUUUACGUGAGGCAUUUGAACGUAAUGCUAGAUCUGUUGAUUUAUCACCAGAUAAUGUUCCUGAUAUUAAUGUUAUAACUGGUGUACUUAAAGAUUAUUUGAGAGAAUUACCAGAGCCAUUAUUUACAAAGUGCCUCUAUCAAAUGAUGGUUGAUGCAUUGGCUGUAUGUUUACCAGAUGAUCCACAAGGAAAUGCUAAAUUAAUGUUUAGUAUUCUUGAUUGUUUGCCAAAAGUUAAUAGAUGUACUUUGAUAUAUUUAUUGGAUCAUUUGGCAAUGGUUGUAUCACAAUGUAAUAAAAUGUCACCAGCAAGUUUAGCUGUUUGUUUUGGUCCAGUAUUGAUGCUUCAUGCUGAAGAUAAUUCACCAAAUUUAGAUUUCCAACAGCCAAUUGCUGUGCUAAAAUAUCUUCUUGAAAUUUGGCCAGUAAAGUCAGUUCGGAAGAUUUCUACAGUCGUUUCAACACUUCCACGAGUUACGCAACAAGUAGGUCUUACCAACAAUCAUCAUCAAUCACAACAGCAACAACAGCAACAACAUCAUCAGCAACAACAACAGCAACAGCAUAUUCCCAACUCCCAGCAACAAUCUCAUCAAUUACCAAUGCAUCAGGGCACAUUAACACGAACAGGGCUGCCUUGGCAGCAGCCACCCUCACUUCAUCACAAUCAACCCCCCGUUACAACACAAGGAACAUUCGGUCCAUCAAUUCGGCCACCACCACCACCAAUCAAACCACGACAGGUAAUAGUAUCAUCACCAGGUUCUCCGAGCAGUGAAGAGUCAGUUUCACCAGAGCCAAUUAAUAAAUCAAAUCGUAUUGGUGUUAAUUAUACAAAUGGUGGUAUUAUGAAAAAACCAACAACGACCAAUGGAAAAAUGCCAAUAACAACAUCAUCAACAACACCAACAACAAUGACAAAUUCUCAUAAUAUUGAACAAAUAACACCAACAAGUAGUGUUGAUACCGAAGAAGGAAAUAAUCAUCAACAACUUGAUGAACGUGAAAGAGGUGGUGAUGCUGAUAUUGAAGCAAGUGAUGAUGAUCUCAUAUCAAAAAGAAAUAAUUCAUAAUUAUAUUUAUAUUUAAAAGAUUAAUUAAACAACGAUGGGACAUACGUUUAAUGUAAGUACGAUAAUAACAAUAAUUUGAAAAUUAAUAUACAAUUUAAACAAAAUUAAAACUCGAUGGAAAAAAAAAAAUUAACAGAUAGAAAUUUAUUGUUAAUAUAAAAUUGAUGGUUCGUAUAAAUAGUAAAAUUAUCAUUAUAAAAGUAAUUAUAAUUGGUGUAAUUAUAAACACGUUAAUUACCAUCAAAGAUAAUUUUUUUUAAAAGAUAAUUAUUGAGGUAAUAAGAAAACAAAAACGCUUUUAAUUACAUCGCAUUACACAGCUAUCGACCACUAAUCAUUUUUUUGAAUAAUUUUAUUUUUACUAUUUAUUGUUUAUAAAAUCAUUCAUUGAUAAACUAUUGACACAUUUUUAAAUACUUUUUUCAAUUUAUAUAAAUAUAUUUGAUGAAAUGACGUCUUCUAUAUACAAAACUACAUGAAAAAAAAAAUAUGUAUAUUAAUAUUUAUACCAAUUUGUUCACUUUUUUAAAUACCUUUACAAUUUUCAUACUUGAAAUUCUUCUGAUAAAUAUUUUCUGUAUAUUUUAAUCACCCUGAUAAUUUAAAAAAAAAUUUUUUUUCAACUCUGGCUACAAGUACAACGUAAAAAAAAAAAAACAAAUAUUAUUUAAAUAAUAAAAUUGCCAAUAAUUACAAUUUUUGAUUGACAAAAAUUUUAAAAAAAGAAAAUAAAAUUUCAAAUGAAAAUAUUGAUAGAUACACAGACUAAUGAAAAAAAAAUAAAAUAAAAAAUUUAUUGACGAUUCUAGAUGAUCCAACGAACCAAAACCAGUUGAUUAAUUUAAAAAAAAAAAAAAAGUACUCAACGAUGAUUGACAGAAAGAAAAAAAAACAACACACUGGGCUAAUUUUUUUUCUGUAUCAAUCGGUACAAGCACUUUUCGAAAAUAUACAUAGAAAAAAUAAUAAAGGGCUUAUAGAAAAUAAUGAAAAAAAAAAUAUUUAGCAGCUGGUUUUGUUAUGUUAGUUUAAAAAUUGAAUGAAAAUAAAUUUUCUUGAUGGAAAAUAACAAUUAAUAUACAUAUAUAAAAAUGUAUAUAAAAAAAAAAUAUUAUAUAUGACUAGAAUAUGAACUGAUUGAGUAAAAAAAAAAAACGAAAUAAAAAAAUAAUAACAAAUAGAUUUAAAACAAAGAGUAAAUAAAUAAAAUAAUUAAAUUCACUGUUCUUGUGUGUUAGACAUGCUGUGUGUAAAAUCACCGAGAAAUAAUAAUUGCCAUAUUAUUACGACUAUAAUAACAAUAGAAAAUAAAUAAGAAAAAAAAAAAAAUGCUAUAACAAUUAACCAAUAAUAGCCAGUAUUAUUAUAAAUUAAAAAUAAAAAAAUAAUGAAUUGACAGUUUUGAUGUAUGAAAUGGAAUGUAUUUUAAAAUAUUCCAAUUAUUGUAAAUUAAAUCCGCACAGUUAGAUUUAAUUAUUAUUAAUAAUUAUAUAAAUUAAAAAAAAAAAAAUUUAAACAAAACUGUUAUUGUUGUAUAGUACUUGAAUGUUAAUUAAAUUGUGUAGAAAAAUUUUUUUAGAUAAUUAUUCAAAGUUGUAAAUGUUUUAUUUCC